AUGGCGGUGUUUCACGACGAAGCGGAGAUCGAGGACAUUGGAUAUGAUGAGGACUCGGAGACUUAUUUCUACCCCCGUCCCUGUGGGGACAACUUCUCCAUCACCAAGGAAGACUUGGAGAAUGGAGAAGACGUGGCAACGUGUCCUAGCUACUCUCUCAUUUUAGAAGUGAUUUAUGACAAAGAUCAGUUUAUGUCUGGAGAAACAGUCCCAGCACCUUCAACCAACAAAGAGUUAGUUAAAUGCUAA